GUUAUGACGUCAGCAGUGGCGCGGAGCGUGUUCAUCGUGACGAGGAUUUGUUUAUCUUAAAAAUGUUUGUUCCUCUCGUUUUGCUUGUUGCAAUUACUGAACAGUGAAGAAAAGGCUGAAACAUGUGGAUACUGACUCCUCAGCAGCCCGGAGGUGAGACGUACUAUCUCCUUCCUGAUAAAGAGUACGUCGUUGGCCGUAAGAACUGUGACAUCCUUCUCCCCAGCGACCAGUCCAUCAGCAGGUCUCAUGCUCAGCUCACUGCUACAGACCAGACCCUGACACUAAAAGACACGUCCAAAUACGGCACCGUCGUCAACAACCAGCAGCUAACAGCGCCUGUCGAGCUGUCAUCGGGGGACAAUGUUACGUUUGGGGUUUUUCAAAGCAAAUUCACUGUGGGGUUUCUAGAGAAGCCAGUGGUGUGUUCGUCCUGUUUGGAUGCUGCUGGCAAGACGUCGCUCUCUCAGGCCCUUUCAGCUCUGGGUGGGAAGCUGGUGAACACCUGGACUCAGGACUGCACCCACCUGGCCAUGCCAACUGUUAAAGUCACCAUAAAGACGAUCUCUGCUCUUCUGUGUUGUUGCCCCAUUGUGAAGCCGGAGUACUUCUCAGAGCUGAGCAGCGCCGUCCUGCAAAAAUCAGCCCCUCCCAAAGCAGAAAGUUAUAUCCCUGAGAUCAAUGAGCCCAGCUUGAGUAAAGAGGACGUUAACCUUGGAACGACACCAGUUCGGAAACAGCUUUUUACUGGAAAGACCUUCGUUUUUCUCACAAACAAGCAGCUGAAGCGACUCAGCGCAGCGGUGGGUUUUGGGGGAGGCAGGAGUCUGCUCCUGGAGGAGGGCUCCCUCCCCCUCAACCUGCUGGAGUCUCCUCACAGCUGCGUGGUUGAGGUCACCACAGGCAGCUCCCAGAAUCUGUUCCCUCCUUCAGCCACAGAGUGGGCAAACUCUGUGAAGAACUCCGUCCACAGAAAAGGUCUUCGAGUGAUCACAGAGUCGGAAAUCGGUCUGGCUGCCAUCUAUGCAUCCUGUGACAAGUACUGCAAUCCAUCCUAUCUGAUCACAGACUCAGAUCCUACACCAAAAGUAAAACCCAGAAUCCCAGGUGCUUCGCUGUCACAAAGCGUGAGUGUGGAUGAAACGGUUCUACCCGCAGCGUCUCAGAACAUCACAGCCUAUGCAGUCAACACGGAGACAUCGCAAAGGACGGAGGUUUGUAAUGUGACUGGAGUUGCAGCAGUGGGAGAAACACCUGAGAAGAAGCAGAACCGGAACGCAGCUGGGUUACCCGGAUCCAAACCUCUCACAGAGAAAACGGCCACUGAGUCCAUCGUGGAGGAUACAAUGAGCUCAUCUCUCAGCGCUGCCGACAGCACAGACCCACAGAGAAGGAAACCUGACCCAAGCCUAAAAGUUUCAGGUUUAGGGAACAGCGACUUCAGACCCCCGCUGUCUGCUCCCAGGACCAAUGGUGGCAGCAGGACAUACCUUCAUAAACAAUCACCUCAGAAACCGAGAACUUCUGCACAAACUUCCCCACAGAAACAGUCGACUUUGAUCAACUUCUUUCAGCCUGUCAGCAAAAAAAGACCUUUAGAGGAUGAAUCCUCAGCUGUCAUGUCAGCACCAAAGCGGCCGGCUCCUGAAUCAUCCAUCACUUCUUCGCUGGACACACACUCACCUAGAGUUUCUGAAAAAAUGCCCUCACUGAGUCCUGUGGGACCUCCAGCUGUGUCCGAGACUCCACUUGACUCUGGGGAUGAUUUGUACGCUGGGCGGGCAGAUGUUCUCGCAGAGGAGCCAGGGAGCAGAAAGAGGAAGGGGAUGGAGGAGGAGAUAAAGCUGGAGGAACUAGAGUCCAUAAUGUCUGAGGACAUGGACUACCUCGAUGAUGAACUCCCAAGCAGCUAUGGCCAGAAGCAGCCGCUAAUGCUCCACGGUUUGGCCAAACAGAAGCAAGGUUCACACACUGAGUCUUCAUCUAAGAAGCAGCGCGUCCACCAAGAGCAAGCUGAAAUAAUCCGUCAGAGGCCUGAUUUGGGCCUGGAAAAGGAAAGAUCCGAACAGAACCACAGGGAACAAUCUGAGCGGCAUGUUGUCUCCAUUAAGACGGAGCAGGUUGAUCUAACAGUGAGCACUACACCUAAUCAUGACUCCAGUAAACCACCUAACAGGUCUGCUGCAAGUGCAACUAAAGAGAAAAAGGCUUUUGAAGAUGAUGAAGCAUCUUUUAUUGAGGAUGUAGAACUACUCCAAGUAGAGAUUCCCCAGUCAGCAGAAGAGGCCAAAGCAUCUUUUAAACCUGUGAAGAUCAAGGAGGAGGUGCAAGAGUCAAAGAUGGAUGAAGACCUUCCCAAGCAGCUGCUGAUGGUGGAGUUUAGGUCUCUCACCGUUGUUGCUCCUGCAAAACCCAAACCGAAACAGGCCCAGGAGAACGAACACGUCAAGAACUUCAAAUGUUUCCGCAAGAAACGCCUUCCAUUUGCCGAGGGCUUCUCGCACAUCAUUGGAGGAUCUGAUCUGCUGGUUCACAACAGGGGCAAGAAGUCAGGUCUAGAUGAAUGGCUGAAAGACGCUGCUGAGGAGGAGCGUCAGAACAGGAAGGACGAAACAAUAGGAGACGAUCUGUUCAGGUACAAUCCCACCAAACUGACCAAGAGGAGAUGAAAUGCCUCUAUCCUUGCAUCCUCCAAGUGGAGUUUCUAUCUGCAAGUUUGGGAAAAUCUGCCUAAAAGGACAAAACGUUUGUAUUUUAGUUGUUUUCUGUUCUCCCUGCUCAUUCCAGCUUGUCUCUAAAGUCACUGACAGCUAGCAAUGUAACAAAGCAGACUUGCGUUCAGAGAUUUCUGACAAUGUUUUUAUUUGUUAAUAAUAAAAAAUCAAUACAAAACAUCAAAAAUCCAUUCUAUAUGCUGACAGCAGCUUCUCGUUCGCUUUAAAGUCAGGUGUAGUUCCUGGUUUGAGGGGAACCAGGGUCUUGAGAAAAGGUUCAAGUGUUUCUUUUUCUUCAGCAAUCUCCAUCAGAUCGACCCUUCAGGCACUUUUCCAUUUUUGACAACAGCUCAGAUAUAUAGAUUUCUUGCCAAACAAACAAUGAUUGGCCUUUCUGUGCACAUAAUCUUUAUUUUAAGAGGGGGUGCUUGGUGAAAGUUGAGAAAGAAGUCAGCAUUUGGCCUGAAUUGUACGGGAAGGAAAGCUUUUUCCUUCUCAGUUGGGCUACAGGUGGCCGAGACAGUUAGAAAACUGGCUUUAAACAUUUCUUUCCUAAUUUAGAAGAAAAAUGUUCUGGGUGUUAUUGAAGCUUUUGCAGCUUGAGUUUCUUGUCGAAGUCCAUGCACAUUUCUGAUAACGUAUCAACUUCACAUAUUAACACAAAAUAAUAAAACAAAAUCAUGCAAAAAGCA